AUGCGCGCCACACUUUCCAGCCUCGCUCUCUUUGCCUGUGCCUCUCUGGCAGCCCCUUCGGCAGCCAUCAAGGAAACGCGCAGCCUCGACGAAAUCUACGCAGCAGCUGUCGCCGAGGGUGGCGUUGUGACGCUUUGGCAUGGCGGCGAUGAAAAGACGCAGCAAAACGCCCUCAAGACGGCCUUCCAGACGCGCUUCCCCAAAAUGACGCUCAACCUCACCGUCGACCUUUCCAAGUACCACGACACCAACAUCGAUCUGCAACUCGCAAACGACAACGUCUACGUCGACAGCGUCAUCCUCCAGACGCUGCACGACUACCCGCGCUGGAAGAAGGAGGGCGCUUUGCUCAACUAUGCGCCACUCAACUUUGACAAUGUCUACCCCGAGUUCAAGGAUGCAGAUGCCGCCUACACUGGACUCUUCAUCAUCACCUGGGGUCUCUCUGCCAACCUCAACAAGACGACCGCAGUGCCUACUUCAUACAAAGAUUUCAUCAAGCCCGAGUUCAAGGACAAGCUUGUUCUGACCUACCCCAACGACGAUGAUGCCGUCUUGUACCAGUUCGAAAUCAUCCUAGAGGAACUCGGCAUGGAUUGGUUCAAUGCCCUGCUGGCCAACAACCCCCGCUGGGUACGCGGCACGCAAACCCCAGGAACGAUUGUCGGAUCCAACAGCACUAGCAGCGUUGCAUCCUUUAGCAGCAGCUACUCCUUCGCAAGCCGCGGGUCUGUCUCGUUUGCGCUGCCCACCGACGCCAAGUUCGUCUCUUGGCCCCAGACCGGCGCCAUCCUGAAGAAGGCACCCCACCCCGAAGGCGCAAAGCUGCUGCACAGCUUCAUGCUCAGCGACGAGUACCAGAAGGGCCGGUGGAGUGUCCGUCAGGACCUGCCUGCGCCCCAAGGUCACAAGAAGAUUCUCGAAGAGCCCAUGACCUACGCGCCUGGCUUUGCCAAGUUCAUGGCCGACCGUUCCAACGUCGAGAGGCGCAGGUUCUUCUACGAGGACAGGAUCGGCACCCCCCAGGGCCUCGGCCCCCUCAUCGACAACUUGUAA